AUGGCGAAGCACAACAAGGACAUUGAAGAGGAGCUGUACGACAAGGUCGUCGAUCUGACCGAGUAUGCCAAACGUCAGCGAUGGUGGAACCGUCUGUUUGGCAAGACGUCCGGGCCUUUAGCAGAGAAAUACUCUGUGGCCACACAGCUAGCCAUAGGAGGAGUUAGUGGAUGGUGUGCAGGUUAUCUCUUCCAGAAGGUUGGCAAAGUUGCUGCCACUGCUGUGGGCGGAGGGCUUCUGUUGUUACAGGUAGCUAACAAUAGCGGCUACAUCCAAGUGGAUUGGAAGAGGGUAGAGAAAGAUGUAAACAAAGCAAAGAAGCAGAUCAAGAAGAACACGGAUAAAGCUGGUCCGGAGCUGAAUACGUUAGUUGAGAGGUCUACAGAGUUUGUGAAGAAAAACAUCGUCGUCACAAGCGGGUUCGUCGGAGGCUUCCUGCUCGGCUUGGCUAGCUAG